AUGUUAGGGUGGAGAAGCGUGUACUUGGGGCUGGUGGCCCUUCGCUUCGUGUUUGGCUUAGCCGACUCCUACAUCCACCCUGAUGAACACUUCCAGCUGAUGGAGGUGCUUACCCAUCGUCUUCUCGGCUAUAAUUGGACCGAGGCGUGGGAGUUCACGUCGAAAGCGCGGUCGUUAAUGCCGUUAUACGCCGCCUACGGUCCCUUGGUAUGGUUGAACCACUACAUGGGAUUGCUGCCCCUCCAAUUGUGGUACCUCAUCCGUCUCGGCCAGCUUGUGGUGCUGUGGAUGAUGAUUGACUGGUGCAUCCACCGUAUGCUCCCCACCAAGCCCGAACGGGUCAAGGCGACGUUAUUUGUGGCGACUCUGUACAUAACAUUGGCCCACCAGUCCCACUUGUUUCUGAAUUGUUUGGAACUGGUGUUACUAAUGGUAGCGGUGUUUAUGAUCGAUGAUAUUCGGGGCAGCAUGCACACCCACAAGUGGCGGAUGAACGCGGCUCUCGCCGUGGUGGUUGCCGUCGGUUUGUUUACCCGAAUUACGUUUCCAGCAUUCCUUAUCAUCCCCGGUUGGUUCGUCUUGCAGUAUUGGUGGAACUACCCUCCCAUCGGGUUUGCUGCCAUCAUCGUGUUUGGCCUCACCUGCUUGGGACUUGUGGCAGGCGAUAGUUACCUCUACGGCGAGCCCUGGACUGUGGCUCCGCUCAAUAACCUUAAGUAUAAUGUCCUGGUCGACAAUCUUGCUCAGCAUGGCCUUCACCCUUACUGGACUCACAUUGCUGUCAAUUUACCGCAGUUAUUAGGUCCCGGGAUCAUCUUUUUGUUUUGGGGCAAAGCCUAUAAGCGUACGGUUCCGUUUUUGACAGUGGUGCUGGGGCUCGUAUUCCUUUCAGUAGUGCCCCAUCAAGAAGCCCGGUUCUUGAUUCCCUUGGUUCCGGUGGCGUGCUGCUGCUUCAAUCUUGAUUUGGGUUGGGUCACUCCUUGGCUCAUCAAAUUAUGGUACUUGUUUAACCUCGCGUUGGCGGUACUUAUGGGUGUGUUCCAUCAAGGCGGUGUGGUGCCGGCAGUGGACUAUUUAAGGCAACAGCGACAAGUUGAGGAGCCCAUCACUCAGCUAUGGUGGCGUACAUAUUCUCCGCCGACGUGGAUGUUAGCGGACACCUCAAAUCAGUAUCAAUUUGUCAAGUCAUCGGUUGCUGCUUCAAGCUCACAAUUGGCGGUGGUCGAUUGUAUGGGCAUGGACCCCGAAGAGUUUACCGAUUACGUCAAUAAGUACCCCAAACCGGUAUACGUUGUGAUGCCUCAAGCCUCUUUUGCCACCGUCGAAUCCAGUUUGGAAGGUACUGUCAACAAGACGUGGUCAUUCUGGUACCACUAUGAUCUUGAUCAUUUGGACUUUAGCGACACCAACACGUUGCAUCCAGGGUUAUCCAUUUUUCAUAUCAUCUAA